AAAGAAAAUUGAAAACCAAAAAUGGGUAAUUCCAGUUCCAUUUGCGCCGAUCGCAGUGCCAUAAGGAAUUUCGAUGAAAAUGGCACACCGGUAUAUCCCACAGCCAACAAUUCCCAGAGUCCUUCCAAUGGCCAAAUAACGCCACUGCACACACACAACCACGGUAAAGAGCGGGAGCACGGCUACUACAAGACCACCAUUCCCGUUGGAAGCUCGCUCAGCGGGAGCACUAAUGGCGAGAGCAAUGGCAAUGGCUGCUCUCACUGCCGAACCCGAACAGCUGAUGCGCGCUUCUCUCCCACAAACAAUAACAACAAUGCACACACCCAACUCACGGAGAGCCAAAGCUGUGGUUGUAGUAGUCGUGUGUGUAAAAAUCAUACGACUACAACGACAACCACACUCGAAUACGAACUUUCCAAUUUCGCAAAACUAACGACACGAAUCACAACGCAAAGUGCCGCCGAAGUCGCAACAACGACGGAUACGGAUACGGAUAGGGAUACUAAAUCGAAUUCGAAUACGUACACGGAUCAGGGUGAUAUAGCCACAGUCAGCGAUUUGCCCAAGGGUCUGCCGUUAUCCUCGCGACAUCACUGGAACCAAUUGCAGCACAGCUUGCACGCCCUCCACCACCAGCAGCAACAACAACAGCAGCAACUACGUUCUUAUAGUAGCAAUACCCAAACAAAUUUGGAAGACAACAUGAGUAAACCCACUGGAAAUCAGGAUAAAUACGUCCAGCGCGAUCGCCUGGGAAUCUGGGGAACUGGCGAUAACGAAAUCGUUGGCAGCAUCUCCGGAUUCGGCCGACUUUUCGACAAGCGCUACUCAAAGGGCCUGGCUUUCUCCCAUGAGGAGCGCCAGCAGCUGGGUAUCCAUGGCCUGCUGCCCUACGUGGUUCGCGAGUCCAACGAGCAGGUGGAGCACUGCCGCGCCCUCCUGGAUCGCCUGGAUCAGGAUUUGGACAAGUACAUGUACCUGAUCAGCCUGUCCGAGCGGAACGAGAGGCUCUUCUACAAGGUCCUCAGCUCGGACAUCAGUCACAUGAUGCCCCUGGUGUACACGCCCACCGUGGGAUUGGCCUGCCAGCGCUACAGCCUGAUCUACCAGAGCGCCAAGGGCAUGUUCAUCUCCAUCAAGGACAAGGGACACAUCUACGAUGUGCUUAAGAACUGGCCGGAAACCGAUGUGCGUGCUAUUGUGGUGACGGACGGCGAGCGUAUCCUGGGUCUGGGUGAUCUGGGUGCCAAUGGCAUGGGCAUCCCCGUGGGCAAGCUGUCCCUGUACACCGCCUUAGCCGGCAUUAAGCCAUCGCAGUGCCUGCCCAUCACCUUGGAUGUGGGCACCAACACCGAAUCCCUGCUGGAGGAUCCCCUGUAUAUUGGUCUGCGCGAGAACCGAGCCACCGGGGCUCUCUACGAUGAGUUCAUCGAUGAGUUCAUGCAUGCCUGCGUGCGUCGCUUUGGCCAGAAUUGCCUGAUUCAGUUUGAGGACUUUGCCAAUGCCAAUGCGUUUAGGCUGUUGUCCAAGUACCGCGAUAGCUUCUGCACCUUCAACGAUGACAUCCAGGGAACCGCUUCGGUGGCCGUCGCUGGAUUGCUCGCCUCGCUGAAGAUCAAGAAGACCCAGCUGCGGGAUAACACGCUGUUGUUCUUGGGCGCCGGUGAGGCGGCUCUGGGUAUUGCCAACCUGUGUCUGAUGGCCAUGAAGGCCGAGGGUCUCUCCGAGGAGGAGGCCAAGUCCCGCAUCUGGAUGGUGGACAGCCGCGGUGUCAUUGUCCGCGAUCGCCCAAAGGGUGGACUCACCGAGCACAAGCUGCACUUUGCCCAGCUGCACGAACCCAUCGAUACUUUGGCCGAGGCGGUGCGCAAGGUGCGUCCCAAUGUCCUCAUUGGAGCCGCUGCCCAGGGCGGAGCCUUCAACCAGGAGAUCCUCGAGCUGAUGGCCGACAUCAAUGAGACCCCCAUCAUCUUCGCGCUGUCCAAUCCGACCAGCAAGGCGGAGUGCACCGCCGAGGAGGCAUACACCCACACCAAGGGUCGCUGCAUCUUCGCCAGCGGAUCGCCUUUCGCACCCGUGACGUACAACAACAAGAAGUACUUCCCGGGCCAGGGCAACAACUCGUACAUUUUCCCCGGAGUGGCACUCGGAGUUUUGUGCGCCGGCAUGCUGACCAUUCCCGAGGAGGUCUUCUUGGUGGCUGCCGAGCGUUUGGCGGAGCUGGUCUCCAAGGAUGACCUGGACAAGGGCAGCUUGUAUCCUCCGCUCAACUCGAUCGUGAGCUGUUCGGUGGCCAUUGCCGAAAAGAUUGUGGAGUACGCGUAUAAGAACGGAUUGGCCACCGUUCGCCCCGAACCGGCCAAUAAGCUGGCCUUCAUCAAGGCCCAGAUGUACGAUCUGGACUAUCCGCGCUCCGUGCCUGCCACCUAUAAGAUGUAGAGCAUCCAAAACCAGAUGGAUAUCCAUUCCGCCUACCCCAAAAAUAUGAAUAGGAGUGGCCAUCGCAGAUAUUCGGCACGGGCGGCGAGCAGUAACCAUGUUAUUUAUUUUAUAAUGUCGCACAUCUGUCGUCUAGCGUAUAGCUAAAUUUGUAUCGCGCCUAACCAACCUCCCACUAUCCACCAACCACUAGCCCCUGUUCGCAGCCCGGUAGAUUAUACUAUGAAAUAUGAAAAAGGAAAAAUGGAAUGUCAUUAGCCCCGCGGCGAACAAUUUUUUAUGAUGUUGACUCUAUGUAAAUGGGAUAUUGAUCUACUAGAUAUGUAAACAAAUUCUAUGUAAUCUUGAACAACACAAACUACUCUAAGAAUCUACAAAUAAAAGUAUAAAUAAAAAUACCUCAAA